GUCCCGUCCCUUAAAGUCAUUAGAGGCACAUCUACCAAUCAAUAUCCCCAUAUACGCACAGUCUGUGAACAUCUGUCUACGUCAUUGAAAAGGCGGGGAAUGCGGGGCAAGCAGCCUCCAUCUUUGUUUCGCUGCGCGUCUACGAUGCAGCCAUUGCAACUGCCGGUAUGACCAAGAACCUUAUAAGCACUUAUAAAGCGACGACUCGGACCGAUACGAGCGAUGCCGGGCGAAGUUCGAAUCAAUUGAUGAGGCGGGUAGUUUAGAAGAGCUCUAGACGGGGACCUGGCUCCAGAGCUUCCUCAGAACCAGUUCCUGAGCAUCAACUUCUUUUCUUCUAUCAGCCAACUGCAUUAUACAGUCAAGAACUACACUAGGCGUGGUCGCCCGUUCCCGGAAUUUCAAGCUCGUCAUGUCCUUCGCUCUGCACCGCAGCCCUCCCUUCCGCGCCGAGCACCUCGGCUCCCUUAAGCGCCCGCAGAACCUUCUCGACGCGCGCUACAAAGAGCAUAAGUCUUCCGCCGAGCUCGCGCCUCUCGAAGAUAAAGCGAUCCAGGAUAUCGUCAAGACACAGCUCGAUCUGGGCUUCUGCGGCAUUAGCGAUGGCGAGUAUCGCCGGCACAUGUUCUGGGGCACCUUCUGGCCGACACUAGAGGGCAUGGAAGAAGUGCAGAACCCACCGCUGGAUACCUUUAGGACAUACGUGCCUGACAUUGCGGCGUUCUUGGAAAGCGGGCACCAGCCGGGCGAGAGCGUAUAUUGCACGGGCAAGAUCAAGCACACCGGAGAGAGUACAUAUGUGUCUCAGGUUGAAUACUUGAAGACGCUGUUGCCAAAGGAGAGAUGGGGUGAUAUCAAGCUGACGCUCGCUGCGCCAAAUUGGUACCACCUAAGGUAUGUAGAUGGGAAGGCGUAUCCCAAGGAUGUGUACGUGAACGAUACGGAGUACUUCGUGGAUGUUGCGAAGGCGUAUCAAGUCGAGCUCGAUAUCCUAUACAAGGUCGGUUUGAGAAACGUACAAUUCGACGAUCCAAAUCUUGCGUACUUCUGCUCCGAAAAUAUGCUCUCCGGCUGGACAGCAGACAAGAACAACACAGUCUCCGCCGAUGAACUCUUCGAUCUCUACAUCCAGCUGUACAACGACUGUAUCUCCAAGGUGCCCUCAGACAUGCACAUUGGCGUGCAUCUCUGCCGCGGCAACUUCGUCAACUCGCGUCACUUCAGUGAAGGCGGCUACGAUCGGAUUGCUACAAAGCUGUUCCAGAACAUGAACGUACAUACGUACUACCUCGAGUACGAUACCCCACGCGCUGGUGGUUUCGAGCCGCUAGCACAUUUGCCGAAGAACAAGAAUGUUAUUUUGGGCGUCGUAACGAGCAAGUUCCCCAAGUUAGAGGAUAAGGAGGAGUUGAAGCAGAGGAUCUAUGCGGCUGCAGAUGUUAUAGCCAAGGGGCAGGGGGAGACGAGGGACGAGGCGCUGAAGAGGACGGGCGUUAGUCCGCAGUGUGGGUUUGCAAGUCACGCAGAGGGAAACCUGAUUGACAUCGAUGGCAUGAAGAAGAAGUUACAGCUGGUACGGGAGGUAGCAGACGAGAUCUGGCCCGGAGAAGCCUGAACGUCGACGAUGUCUCCGCAGGAAAAAAGAAGAAUUCAGCAGCAAGUAUUGCGCUAACAAUGCAUCAUUUCCUGCCAUAGUCUUCUCGGGAACUCAGAAUAGGGGCCAGCAUGCGCAUUCCCCAAUCCUCUUUCGGACAAUUAAUCAAAACACCUUCGUGUGAAGCAGUUCGGAGCCAUUGUUAGUCUUUCAACACAACCAAUUGAGCUCCAGACGGUGUUUUAGCAAAGUACAGCAGCCCUCGAUCGUUACUUUCGAUCACUCUCCAUCUGCAGCGAUAAUCGAGCAUCUUGCACCGUAAUGAUCAGCUUUUGCUCCUCAGGUAGGGAGCAACGCAUCUAUGUAGCUGAGCCUUUUGGGUCCAUGGAACUACUACUCUUGGAUUCCAAUCAAGUAUGUGAGGGGAGAGCCGACGAGGGAGAAGAAGGAACUUAGGU